UUUUUACAGACACACAACCCAAAGAAUGAAUGAUAAGUCUCACGUCUCACACCGUGGACAUGUCUCAUGUCUUAUGUCUCCUAUCUCAUGUCUCAUUCUGUGGCAGACGAGAAGGCGUCUUCUGAGUGGUCCCGGCGGACGCGCUACACGGAGGCGUGCAAGCGCUUCAAGGUGGUCCCGGUCUCCUAUGUCGUGCAGCACUUGCAGGGAGACGGCUUGUCCUUGGCGCACCGUGGACUUGGACCUCAGGGCGCCAAAGCGCUGGCGGUCGCCCUGGCAACCAACACUUCAAUCCUCAGCCUCAACCUGCGAGAUAAUGGCUUGGAGGGAACGGGAGGAGCGGCCGUCGCCGACGUGCUGAAGGACAAUUGUCACAUUACAGAGGUGGACAUGUCCGACAACCGUGUCGGGGACGGAGGCUGCCAGGCGGUGUCUUCCAUGCUGAAGGAGAACAACAGCCUGCUUGGUCUGAACCUGUCAGGCAAUCGUCUUGGCGACCAGGCAGCGGAUCACCUGAGCCCCGCCCUGCUCCGCAACACCACCCUGCAGCGUCUGGACCUGAGCCACAACGCUCUGGGAGAGCCAGCAGGACUUACCCUGGCAGACGCUCUGUCGGAGAACACCGGCUUGCGAUGGUUGAGUCUGGCCUGGAACAGCAUCAGAGGAAGAGGAGCUGCCGUCUUGGCCAACGGGCUCGGGGGAAACUUCUUCCUAAGAAGUGUGGAUUUGUCUUAUAAUGGCUUUGGCAAGGAAGGAGCUCGGGCUUUAGGACAAGCUCUUAAAGACAACAACGUCCUGGAGGAGCUAAACGUCAGCAACAACAGAAUCCCCCCUGAAGGAGCCGUCUACCUCGCCUGCGGCCUCAAAGUCAACAAGACCCUCCGAUGCCUGAACCUGGGUCGGAACCCCAUCCAGAGUGUCGGCUGUUCCAGAAUCCUCAAGUCCAUCCAGGAGAACCCGGAUCCAGCUGUGGAGGAACUGAACUUUUACGACAUUGCGGUGAACCAGGAGUUUGAAGACCUGUUCAAGACUGUGAGGGACGUGCACCCGGCGCUCACGGUCCACCACGGCGGCAAGAUCGGCAUGUUCGGGAACACGCCAGUUUGAAAAACUGUCAUUUCUUUUACAAAACCCAAAACCAGUGAAGUUGGCACGUUGUGUAA